AUGCCUUUAACAACCGAAGACGUAAUAAGCCAGUUUAAACGUCGUGGUGCGUUUGACGAUAUGCGUAAAAAGUUGCUCGACAACUUUAUUGAAAAUGAACGAGGUAAACAGUUCAAAGAGACACUCACGAAAAUAAUGGAAACGAGUGUUACUCAGAAUCCGUCGCUACUUGAUAACGAAGAUUCGGCACAAACUCAUAAUGCGCUACAUGAGGCAUUUGAUAAAAGUGGCGAAUAUGAAAAAAUGGGUGAAUACAUUUUAAAACAAGUGUUGGAGUCUGAAGAGUAUAUGUCACUAUUUAAAGAGAAGAUCGAGGAAAUAAUUCAUGAAGGGGAAAAGAAUGGAAAAGAAGAUGGCGACAAUUAUGAUGAUAAUAAAAAUAGUACUGGCGUUGAUCAUGUUACCGUCAAUGAAGAUAAAAAUACAGAAAAUAAAAUAUCAACAGCAUCAGCAUCAAAUAUAAAAUCACCACCACCACAAGGAGGAGAGGGAACAGCAGCCACGACUGUAACAUUAGCAAAUAACGCCAAUUCGUCAUCUUCCAUGAGGAAACGUGAUCAAGCAAUCAAUAAAAAGACUUCAAAAGUAAAGUCAUACAAGUCAUCGGAAGGGAACAAUGAUAAUAGUAACAAUAACAACAGUAGUGAGGAUGAUAGUGAAAAAGAGGACGAAGAUAAACAGGAUAAAAAGGAUAAGGAAAAGAAGAUGGAAAAUAAAAAAGGAAAGGAGAAAGAUACAAAAAUAACAACUAUUAGAAUCAAAUCUUCGAGUAGUAAUAGUAGUAAAAAUAUAAACACUAAGCGAACAAGAUCCUUCUCCUCUGAUAAUAAGGAUAGCGACGAAGGCGAAGAUGACAAGAAUGGCGGAGACAAGAAAAGAAAGAAAUCUUCCCAGAAGAAUAACAAUAAAAGCGUUGUUGAAGAGCAAGAAGAUAGGGACGUUAAAAAGAAAAGCAGCAAGAAACGAAAACAAUCUUCAGAUUCAGAUGGAUCACAAUCAGAGCUUUCUUCUUUGCAUUCAUUAUCACAACCUUCUUCCUCAUCGUCGUUGUCGUCUUCUGAAGAUAAUUAUAAUCAAAGUAAAAGUCGUGUAAAACGUACAAAGACAACUUCAACCGCUAACAAAAGUAAAAAUGUUGCAACGAUUCAAAGACGAAGAAAUCCUCCAAGACGACAACGCAGACGUAAAUAA